CGAUAUAUCACGGCCCCCUCUGCCCAGGUAUGUAUAGGUACGUUAUGUAGAUUACGCGAAGGCGUAUAUAGGGCAUUGUCAUCACGAGCCGUGCAUAAUGCAGGUAUACAAACAUACCUUAACGAAAAAGAUCGAUACCUUAAAGCGCCGAGCGAGCUGAACCAUGACUCGACUGACCUGAGCGUGUAUGGGUGUAUGCGACGAUCGCGAGUUCCUAAGAAGCUUGAUAGUCAGCCAGUUCUAGUCGGGGUACGUCUUUAGGAUACGACACCAAAAUACGUAAUACUACGGAUGGACCACGCCCUCCAGCUGCCUGGGGAAUCGGGGUAGGGUAACAGGGAGGAGUCUACGACACAUUGGGUGGUGUUCGAUUAAAACAUAACCACCACGUCUCGCCUGGCAUACAUACCAUACAACUUUAAAAGGAAUUUAUCGACGUAAACCGAACAUCUGAAAUCCAGCAUGUCGAACCUGAACGACCCACUGCAGUGUGGACUGUGUUUAAAACGCCACAGAGAUCCCAGGAUUCUGACUUGCUUUCACAGUUUCUGUCGGGAAUGUAUAGAAAAACUGAUAUCUACCAAGAAAUACAAAUUGACUCUCCCCUGCCCCCUGUGUCAAACGGAAAUAGGAAUUCCGAAGGCUGGAACUAAGGCUUAUCCGGAGAACUUUUACAUCCGGGCCAUUCAGGCAACUGCCGCGUUCUCGACUAUCUCCACGUGUGACACGUGUGAUAAAACUAAGGAAGAGAGCGCGAGCUCGAGGUGUUUAGAAUGCGAGUGUAACUACUGUAGCGCGUGCACAGGCCGCCAUUUUGAAUCCGACACAACAAAAGAGCACCAUCUCAUAGAGCUGUGCAAAACGGAAAACAAGACGAUCACGAAUUUGACUCAUAAAUCGUUUUGUGAAAAACAUAAAAAUGAAGAGACAAAAUUUUACUGUAUGCUUUGCGAGAUGCCGGUUUGUAAAGAGUGUGUAUCGAAAGUGUCGGAUCACAAGGGGCACCGAUACAAGAGCAUCGGCGAUGGUGCCAAGGAAAAGAAAGACAUUAUAUCUCCCAUUAUCAAAAGUAUGCAUGAGUAUUUGCCAGUUCUUGAGGAAUAUCUAGAGGAAGUUAAAUCGUCUAAGAAGAUGCUCGGCGAUUAUUCUUCAGAUAGCAUCAAGGAAAUCAAAGCACGAUGUCAGAUGCUGCAUGACGAGAUAGAAAAGAUUAGUAAGACGUUGGAAGAACAGGUUCAGAAGAGCGAAGACAAAGAGAACCAGCGACUGGACAAACACAUCAGCCUGAUAGAGAGACUCCUGAAAUCUCUGUCAUACACGACAAGUUCGUCGGAGGAUAUCACCAGUCUCGCCAGCGACAGCGAGUUUGUCAUGAUCUGCGCGAAACUACAGAACCGAUUCAAGAGGAUAAACCAAGAAGUCCCCUCUUCCGGUCUCAUCUGCUGUGAAAGCAGCAACUUCCAUCCCGGUGAUAUGGAGGGCAAGAAUUUGUAUGAAAUGAUAGGGUAUUGUGAUGAAAGCGACGUCAAAAUGCCUCUGCUGCCAAUUCCAUGGGGUCUCCGAAUGGCCUUGACCUUUGAUGUGACACUUAUGUACAGUUUUAAGGUGUCUGACACCAUGGAUACGAUUCACGCAAUUGCGCCCGUGUCUGAAAAGGAGGCGUGGAUAUGUUGUGGGUGGGGGACCACCAAGAUGGAGCUAUGGACUAGGGAGGGGGAAAAGAAGAACACGGUAACCUUACCAGUACAAGUCGACGACAUCUGUGUAAAGCCUAAUGGCGAAAUUCUAGUGUCCAGUUACGACGGGAAGAAGAUUGUCAAACUGGACAAUGACCUCAAACCGACCGACUUUGUACAGCUGAACUGGUAUCCAGGCGGAAUGACAUACUCAAGUAAGAGGAAGGAGCUACUGGUGUGUGCAGUGGAUAGUUACGUCACAACACGUUCCAAAACGUCUCGUCGCAUGGUGAUUCGUAUAAAGGAAGAUGGUACGGUGCUGGACCAGAUAGAAGAUAACGGCUUCAAUGAAGUGUUCUGCGCCCCCUACCGGCUUUACGAGAAUAUGAUAGGGGACAUUUGUGUGACAGAUCGCGAGGAGACCAAUGUCAGGGUCACGAGUCUGACAAUGGACGGCGUCGUCAAACAGACAUACACGGGCCCUAAGGAGGUCGUCAUGAAGAAAGAUUUCAAUCCGUUCGGCGUCGUAUCGGACAAAUACGGUCACGUUAUCGUGUCGGACUGGAGUAACCACGCAGUACAUCUGUUAGACAUAAGUGGUCAGUUCAUUGGCUUUUUACUCACAGAGAAAAACGGAAUUCGUGGACCGAACGCGCUCGCUCUAGACAAGGAAGGAUAUCUUUGGGUAGGCGAUACAAAAUCGACAGUUUGGAUAUUCCAGUAUCGAAGGAAGGCUGAUGACCAUGGUUCGUCCAACUCCUCAGCCUAACUCUUAGUGCAAUAUAUUGUGUGAGUGACAUGGCGGUGCUGCGCAUUAUACACGAGUUUCGUGGUCAUCACACGUUCAUUGGUUGUGAAGAAGCCCGUGUGCAAUUUAUACUGUUAUAUACAUUCAAAGUAGGGUGUGGCUUUAUUUUUCUGAUGAACGAUUGUUUGGGUUUGAAUCUUGAACGUGCUAUGUAUGGAUAUAUAACGUUACACCAAACUCGUCAUAAAUUGAAACGGCAAUAGACGAGUAUUACACACAAGCAUGACGCUAUAGUUCGCUGACAUUUACAACGGAUUUUUUUUUAUUAAAUUUGUAAUGCUAUAAAGGUAUGAUUUUAUAUCAAGGUCAUAGUAUGAAUUCGACCAUGGAGAAGUAUUGAAUGCGGUAACACUUCUCUCUUACAGCUGGGUAUAUAGUUCAAGUACAUGGUAGCUAAGAAAAAUAUGAGAGAUUUUAUCUUUGUUAUUAUGCUAAUGUAUAUAUACGAAAAAUACGAAUUUCUAAGGACCUAAAUCGUACAUUGGGUCUGUUAAACGGUCUAUUGUCUUAAUCUUUACUCCAAAUUCCUGAUAACAUCAUAACAUUAUGUGAUAUUGCUAUAGGCGAACAAUGCUUUCCUUACCCAGAUUUGUAUGUGUACUUUGUAGCGUACGGUGUGCAAAGUUUCAUCAACUUGAUAAAAUAUUGAAUUAUAAAAAAUCUUCUGAAAUAUAUUUAAAUUACUUCUAAUGUGUCAUAGUUUUGAUAAAGUUGUAGAGUCAUAAACCAUGUAUUUUUCAAAUAUCAAUUCAACACUUUUGACAAAUAUUUUGCAUUAUAAUAAUUUUCUGCUAAAUCAUCGUUAAGUUGACCAGACUUUGACCAAAUUGUCCUGGUUUUUAAACCGUUUGUAAUUAGGAAUGUAACUAACGGGUCUAAUCGGUAACCGAUACGACAUCCUGUUUAAGAACCAUUGAUGAUUGGAACUGAAUAGAUGUGAGAACAGGAUUGAAAUAGAAUUCAAUAAUCUAUAUCAGUGUAAUUUUAAAUGAACUGAGAGGUAGUUUUAAUUGAUUUUACCACAGGGGCUCGUUACUUACAAAUGUCUUAAAUACACAUAUGCUAUACAUGUACUGAUGUGUAGGUGUACUGUGACCCUUAUCAGUAUAGCAUAAUUAUGUGUAUGAUUUGUAACGAACCCCGGUGGUUGGACGGAUAUGACGAAGGAUGGUCAUUGAGGUCCCGGUUCAACCUCACUUCCGGUUCGACCGGUUUCCUGUUCCUACUAUGAGAUGAAUGCUGCUGUUAACAUACCUGUUUGUUAUAUCAAUAUAACCUAUAUAUACGAUUAAAGAGAGUAUUCAAUGAAGUAGUCCAAAUAUCUAUUUCCGCUUUGAUGCUCAUGGACGAUUUUGCUUUUCGAUUUUUGUGUGAUGCUCUAUAUAUACUAAAAUUGUUCCUAUAUUGAUUUUAUGUAUGAAGUGUGUGUCGUAUUUAUACAUUACGGUGAAAGUUGGGAGUCGAACAGUGUUCAUUAAAA